AUGUUCCUGAAAACAAAUACAACCAGUGAAAAGUGUGUUGGUGUUGUCAAAGCUCAAGCAAUAUUUCCGAAAAAUCCUUCUCAACAUGCAGAAGAUUUCAAAAUGCUAGAGAAACGUGAAGAAAUGAAACCUUGGGUUUCGAACAAGCCAAUAGACUGUAUCCGAGUAGAUGGGGCAUCCGAUGAAGGCCCUUCGCAUGUGGAGGUCCAGUUUCUAUGGACUGAACUUCAUAUACAGCGAAAGAAAGUGUGCACUUUAGUGACCACAAGACAAAGUGGUGGAUCGUAUCUAAACAAAGUAGAGCUAAUGAAUAGCUGCCUGGCAAUUGCUCACAGUAACCUUUAUAUUCCAUCAACAUUAAAUGGUUCAAACUUCACUUCUCAAGGACUAGACUCUUCACAACUGGAGAAAAACCUAGAUUUGGCUACAGAUGUGUAUAUAGACCGUGUGAAUGGUGCACCAUGUGGCGAUAGCAAUAUUUCUUUGGUGAAAGGUGUAAAGCCUGAUGAAGAUGCAUCCCUGCAUAAACGACGUCCAGAUCUUCUGUGUUUUCUUAAUGGGACAAAGAAAAACCAAGCAGAGUUAAGGAAAUCUAAACCUGGCGUUUAUGAAUACUUUGAAAGUAUUUGGGCUGUGAGAGAACGUCAUAUGGUGAAAGGACUUCCAAGUCAGUAUGCAUUUAUGCUUGUAACAUGUAAUAACAUAAAAUGCAUUCAUCCGCUGUGCCAGCAAGGUGGGCGUGAAAUCCAACACACAUGGUUUGAAACGGGACCGCCUGUUUCAAUGUUCCCUCUUCCAGUUAAAGAUCCGGAGAGACCUUGGAGAGGACAGUGCCAAGAAUGCAAUGGAAUAUGUUCGGGGCAUUAUCUUAAGCCACAAGACACAGUAAGACUCAUUUCAGAAAAAGGUGUCUCAGUCUGUGAUAGCCUUCCUCCAUCCGUAGUCCUCAAAGAGGAAUUCAAUCGCAUCACGAAAGCUGGCGAAGCUACAAUUAGUGAUGAAGUGAUCACCUGUUUGGCAAUGAAGACGAUGCUCGACGUAAAAGAAGUUAGAAUGUGGAUAGACCACCUCAAAAUGGUACAAGAAAGAAGAAAGGAAGGGGCUCGAAAGGCCGCAGAAACUCGACGAAAGAAGAAGAAGGGUAAGUCAAAUACCGUAUGUUCACUCUUUCGGUAGCAUGUAUUUUUAUUUUAGUACGAGUAACAAUCCAAUACUGUUUUACUUAAUUAAAUAGCUGCCAACCAAGAAUCAUCAGCUGUGGAUAAAUAUUGCUGGUGUGAAGGACCUGAAGAAGGAAAGAUGAUUGGAUGUGAUGGCAGUAAUUGCAAUUUUCAAUGGUUCCACUUCGAGUGUGUAGGGAUUAAAAGAGCUCCUCCGUGCCAGUGGUACUGUCCUGAUUGUCAAGGUUUGCCGUUUUUUACAUUAAUAACAUUAUCAUUUGUAAUUAGCCUGUCUCACGAAGGCCAAAAUACGUCAUUUUGGGGGCACUGUCAACCCUCGUCAAAGAACUUGAACAGUUAAAACAAUGGGAUAGGGGACUUUUUAAAUUUGUAAUUGAAAAUCUACCGUUAUACACUGCACAUAAAGUAAUUUCGGGAAUUUCGUAUUGCGGUGUGCUUUAUAUCUCAGAUUGAGAGAUGCAGUACCCAAAGAAUGGCGGAUAAACCCAGCGUGAGAAAGGUAAAUUUGCUUCAUAGCAUUUGGUAACUGAAACUUGCAGCACAUGUUGUGAGCAAAUCAGUUACCAAAUUCAUAUAGGUACUAGACAGUUCUGGCAGUUGAUGUGUUAUCAUGGAGAAUUUUUGCAUCUAAAGUAUGUACUGUAAAUCACAUUCCAUUGUGACAAGAAUCAUAAGGAGAUUUUUACAUAGCUUGUAAGUGAAUGGCACAUCAAUACAUUGUAAACUCAACAUUAUUUGAAUAUUAGAACCCGAGGCAGAACAGACCUGCUAUUGCUCUCAACCCGAGUAUGGGAUUAUGGCAAGAUGCUAUGGGGCAGAAUGCACAAAAGUGUCUUUCCACCUCCCAUGUAUUGGUUUAACAGUUGUUCCACCCAAUUGGUUGUGUGACGAAUGCAAAGGUAUGAUGUUGAAACUGUUACACAUUCCAUCAAAUUUCCCUCUCUUCAGAGCAUCCUACUUUAUUGUUUAUAAUAUGUUGGUCUGUUGUUUUUCCACAGCAUGUACAGGAAGAAACCAAAGGACAAGCCGGAAGAAGUGAAAGGAAAGAAAUUUACUGUAACAAACAACGAACAAACAAUUUGUGUUAUGCUUGACAUGCUCUUUUUUCUUUCCACAUUGUUACAUAAAUAAAUAAUAAGGUUUUAGUGGCAAUCAUAAGUGUAUGAUGCUUGUGUUUUAUGUACGAAGUUACCCUCCUUAGAAGUGCUUACGUCACACGGUUUUCAAUGCAUAUAAAUACUAGGUAAUUUGUUUUCUUAUAUGGUUCCCAGAUUGCAUUGCAAUUCAUUUUAUUGACAAUGGUGUGACAUACGCACCUCUAAGGUCUAUUGAUAUUAAAGAAUAAAAAAACCUGAACGAUGACCACACAUAUAAAUAAAAUAUCAGCCUAAUUUCUCACCCCAGGCACCAGCUUAAUAUGGUUCUGAAGCCCCACUAACCGGGGCAUUUGUCCAUUUUAACUGGCUCCGCAUGGCGGGGCAUUAGCUCUGAUUAAAAACGAAAAUAUCUAAUCCCCGCCUAAUGCCCGGGGUUGGGGGGGGCGGGGUUUACAUUGACUGGUGCAUUAGUGGAAGAGAGAUGGGAAAGUAAUAGUAAUACCAUCAGACUUCGUAUAGUGUAAAUAUGGUGUAAAUAUGUAAAAUUUGGUGUAGUGUAAAUAUGUAAAAUUUACUCACCAGUACAUUUUACUCUAUUUUAUUCUAUGCUAACUGCAGUAUAUCAACCCAAUUUUUGGUUAGUGAAUAGUGAAUGUAUAUAUAACACAAUUUUAGCAUAGUAAUAUAAUAUGUAAUUUGAUAGAAUAAAGUUCAAAUAAAGUUGUUUAUUAUUAUUUAUUAUGUUGAACUCGGACAGUCUUGAGACCGAAUACUCCGUGCGCAUACACAAACAAUCCGAAAAUUCCAUGGAGUGGCGAAUCAGAUGGCGGUGUUCCUAAAUGGCCAUGUUCCAAUCUUCCACCACUGUUUCGAGAAGCAGAGUUAGGCUGUGGUUAAUCAACUCUAAAAUCGAAACUCCACACACGACCCCUGACGAAAGGCGUGUUUUUAAAGAGGCAAAUCCUCAAGUGAAAAGUUCAGUGUUUGGUCUUAUUCGAGAGCAUGACUUGAAACGUCUGAUGAACGAGAAAGUGGAAAAACCACGUGCAAAAGUCGCCCGCCAUAUCGACUGUCCAAGUUGCCCCCAAAGUUUGCAAGUGACCCACCCAAACUAGUUGCUUACAGCGAUGGGGAAAGUUCAGAAGAUGACGAUGGAGCUAUUGCAAUACCGAAAGCUACGUUAUCACGUCCAACGCUGAAUACGUCCAACACUGCUGCUUCCUCGUCGCCGCAAAAUACGGCGAUUGUCGAAACUGCGACCCCAACCUCACCAAAGCAGACGUCUAAAGUUGUUGCUAUCAGCUCAUUUACAACAGAAUUUCCAACGCCGCCUUCCAGUCGUGGUACGAGCAAAGACGGCGGCCAUGACUCCACGCCACAAUCAGGGAAAAGAUGCAGGGCUCCCCACAAAUUAAUCAAAGAAGAGGCUGGCGAAAUCGUAAACAGUGAAGUAACAGAACUAUGUAAGUUUUACACAAUUUAAUUAAACCCAAAACGGAAUGGUCGCCCCGUUUGCCAAACAAACUCUGGACAAAUUAGUCGAAAGAAUAUAUUGUUUUUUAUAUUUCUGCAUGCAUCAUUAGGAAUGUACCAGUUGUGACUCUCGAUAUUAUUAACACGAACACCCAAAUUUGUGAAUAUGCUGAUUAUCUAUCAAAAGUUAGAAAACUAAUGCCGAACACAAUUACAGUACAUCUUACUUGCAUUAUUAAUGUCAUCAAAUAUUACUUUCGCGAAGAUUGGAGCGCAUUAGAUAGUUACAAGGCGUUUAUGUCGUGUAGAUCUUAUCAAAGGCAGACCUCGAAUGAGGAAGGAUUGUGCAUAAAAAAGGCGUCACAGAGAUUCUAUUUUAACCAUAUUUUAGUCACGCUUAGAAAUCUAAGAGCUAAGAUUUUCGAAACAACGGGCGUAGCAAAGGCCAGACAUCUUCAUGAUUUCGUUAUGCUGGCAACAUACACGACGGUUAAUCCGGGAAGGUCUAAGGAAAUAUGCACAUUACAAGACUUCGUUGAGUCAGGGGAGAAUCCAUUUGACGUAAUUUCGUUUCUCCGCACAAACGUUAUUGUGUUUAGGGAAGACACGACUGUGUUUUGAUCGAAAACGACUUCAAGGCUGUUCAUUCUACCGGCCCACAUAAUAUGGACCUAUCAGAAGACCGAGAAUUAGUCUAUUAUUUGCAUCAAUACAAUUUAGCUAAGGUCCAGUCUCGCAUGCCUACUUUUUUCCCAACUACACCGAAGAUCCAUUCAGGGAUAGUUCAAGUUUAUGCAAGUACGUGGGAGAUUUAUUCGGCCAAGAAGUAAGUAUCCGUGUCUCCACAAACGUAUUACGACAUUCCAUAGUAACAUACUUUAAGACCUUAGAAGAUUCCGAGGGCCUUAAGAUUAGGGAGUCCCUUGCUAGAUUAAUCGUAUCGUCGUCGUAUGAAGUGCUUGUUAGCGGGGUAAAAGAUGCGAAGUUUUUCUCUGUGCUGACUGACGGGCCUAUGGAUGCCCUAAUGUAAAACAAAUGUGAUAAUUUGAGAUUUGUUGACAAUCUAAUGAAGAUACGGGAGUUAUUUUUAAAAUUUAAUCCACGCCAAAAAGAUUUGACUGGAGAAGCUCUAUCUGAAGAAAUCUCCAACUUCAUCAAGGGCAUUGGCCAUGCAACGUAUGGAGGACUGUCGUGGGCAAGGAUAUGAUGGUGCAGGAAAUAUGACUGGGAACUGCUGA